AUGGAGCAGGGCUACGAAAAACGACUUCUAGGGUCUCCAUAUAAAUCGCCCAUUAAAACUGUUAGCCCUAUGAAGACUCCAACUAAAGAAAACUUUAUGGAUAGAUACAUUCCCUUGAGGACAAAUGCACGCUGGAAAACAUCAACCUUCUUCGAGCAGCCUAACAGCAAUCCUACACGGAAACUCUUCCAGAAUAGCCGUGGGUCUACUGAUGGGAUUAACAACAACGCAGAUCAUAUAAGUCAAAGUGGUCAUCACAGUCUUGCAUCUUUUACCGGAGAGAGUAACUGGGGGACAUCCAGUAGCAAUUCAGUUGCACAGGACACUCCAGUUUCAAACGAGACGCGAGGUAGUGAUCUUCUUUCUGCCCUUGUGGUAAAUGAGCUUGAGGAAACACUGGGCGGUGUAUAUAGCCCUGUGAAUUCUAAAUGUGGGAACUCAGAUGGAGUUUUAGCAGCCAGAGAAAAUAAUAAUAUGUUUUCCUUCAAGCUACGAAGAGAGAGUCCUUGCAAAUUGAAAACCUCCCCGUACACCAUGUCUCCUGUAUCAGAAAAAAGCCAAAAUCUACUUAGAUUUCCACAAAAGCAAGCUCGGAAAAUAUCUCGUGUACCCUAUAAAGUUUUGGAUGCUCCGGAGCUACAAGAUGACUUUUAUCUCAAUUUGGUGGAUUGGUCAUCUCAGAAUGUUCUUGCGGUUGGUUUGGGCACGUGCGUUUAUUUAUGGAAUGCAUUUACAAGUCAAGUCACUCGAUUAUGCGAUGUUUCUGGAGAAACUGAUGUUAUUUCUUCGGUCGCUUGGUCUAAAAAGGGAAGCCAUUUGGCGAUCGGGACUUAUCGUGGUCAUGUUCAAAUUUGGGAUGUGACAAAAAGUUCCUGCAUACGAUCACUAAACGGGCAUAUAGCUAGGGUUGGUGCUUUAGCUUGGAAUGCUGAUCUUUUAGCAUCAGGAAGUAGAGAUCGCUAUAUAUUACUUCGUGAUACUCGCGCUUCUGCUAAUUCUGGUGGUGGUCCUGCUGGUCAUUUGCCUAACUCAAAUCCCAUCACUGCUUCUGAACCAACUGCUGACCUUGCAGACAGAGAUGAAAUGAUGACAGAUCAAGAUUAUCCAAGUUCCAUGAGUUUACCAAGUCAUCCUGUUCAAGGAGAGAGCGAUCUAAAUUGUGCACGUGCUUCAACACCGAUAAUGUCUGUUAGUAAUCUUACAGAAAUCGACUCUCCAAGUACACCAGCUCGUAUGGAUAUGGAAGUACUCGGUUUUCGAGAUGUAGAGCAUGGGUCGUCGUGGUCUGCGGCAAGAACUUCAGCAAGUUCCACUGUUACCAAUAGCACUGCGUUGCAAUCAAUUGAAAAUGGGACAGAUCGUCUUGUUCCCGGGGCAGUUCGUGUGCUGAAAGAUCACAGGCAAGAGGUAUGUGGACUGAAGUGGUCACCAGAUAGUCAGUAUUUGGCUUCAGGAGGUAAUGACAAUCGUCUACUUGUUUGGAGUCAACAUGCUCCAUCUACUGGAGGUCCGGUUUUAACUUAUGAAGAACACGUUGCUGCUGUCAAAGCAAUUGCAUGGUCACCUCAUCAGCAUGGAUUACUUGCUAGCGGUGGUGGUACAGCUGACCGCUGCAUUCGUUUUUGGAAUACGUUAACUGGCCAAGCUUUGCGUAGUGUUGAUACUGGAAGCCAAGUUUGCAAUAUCGCUUGGUCAAUACAUAGCAAUGAAUUAGUCAGCACACAUGGCUACUCACAGAAUCAAAUUCUUGUUUGGCGAUAUCCUAGUCUUACUCAGUUGGUCAAACUAGUCGGACAUUCGUAUCGAGUGUUGUAUUUGGCAAUCAGUCCAGAUGGUGAAAAUAUUGUGACUGGAGCAGGGGAUGAAACACUACGCUUUUGGAAUAUAUUUACCAAAGCUAAAACUCCGAAAAUGCAACCUUCUACACUGAAUUUGUUCAAUGGAAUUAGGUAA